AUGUGCCGGCGACUUGCCCUGCUGCUCACAAGCGCGUACCGUGCGUACAUGAGGCGUUCUGCCGCGUUGCGGGAGGCAAAGGCGCGCUGGCGCAAGGAACAGCAUGUAUUGCUUUGUCAGCGAACUGCGGCGUUGUACGAGGAGUGUAGGGAGGAAAAGCGGCAACUUUACCGCGAGGCGCUUCAGUCAGAGCAAACAAUGCAUUUGGAGCUAAGGAAACAGUUUGAACUCUGCAAAGCACAUGAGGCGCAGCUUGUGUUCGAAUGCCAGAAACUUUUUGAUGUUGUGCUGCUGGCACGAAGGGCUAUGCUGCAGGAAGCCACGGUGCACCUCGAGAAGCUUAAGCGUAUGCUCCGACAGGAAGGGGUUUUGUUUUUCACAAUACUUCAGGAGGACAUGGGUGACGUGGAGUUUGGGCAGCGCUGCCGAAUUCGAAGUAUGGAGAGUUGGGAACGUAACAGGCUCUGGCAGGCCUUUCGGCUACGGCAUGUGAUGCAGCAGCUAGUGGUGCUCGAAGUUGAGGCGAUGGCGUUGCACCGGUAUAUUGCUGCGAUGGAAUCCAUUCAACGCAAUGAGCUAAAGGCGCGUCGAACGUUGGAGCAACGGAAUCGCUCCUACUGGAACUCUUUCAGGCGACAAUUCCGUGAGGUGGAGGCCUCGGUGGUGCAGAUGUCGUGGAGCCUGGAGGAGCGUGAGCGGGCGCGGGGGAAGCAAGUAAUGCUGCUGCAGGAGCUGCAGGGUCGCCUGCAGGCAGUAAACAUGAGCCCCAUGUUUUUUUCUACGAUGACUCACGAUGCCGGGUCACUCCCGCAGCAUCAUCCACGCACACCGUCACGUAGUGCCACGCAGUGUGUAACGACGGCGCACUUUUUGCCGCUGCUACGGGACUCAUACUCGCAGGCGGCGAUGCCUUUUCCUGCCUCACCUCAGUCAGGGUCCGUUGCGACAAGUCAGUCUCUGCAGUUUUCGGCGGAGGGACCACACCACAGUGUGCAGGCCCCGUCACAUGGCCCUUCCCUUGCGAUAUACGAUUCUCCCUCUCCUGUGUCAGCCGUCUCUUUUUAUGGCAAAUUUAGGGGGAUAGACGCCUGCGAGGAAGGAGGAACAUCUUCUCCGGCGUGGAAUAGGACAGUGCACAGGUCGAUGUCGUGGUUCGCCGCGGCCGCUGCACACGUCUCGCCCCGCUGUCAAUAUUCCCCGCGGCGCUCGACACCGCUUGCGCCGUGUGACUUCUUCAGUGAUGCGACGCCGGAAAAAGGUCACCUUUCAGCUGCCAGGGCGAGUUCAUACGGACCGACUCAAGAGGUCAUGCCAUCGCGGCCGCGGUACAAACGCUCUAGGCGCUGGGCAUGA